ACUUUAUAAUAAGGACCCAAAAAAAAAAGUGAUCGAGUGCACGGCUGAAAGAGAGGGAAAAACGGAACCCUCCCCACUCUCCAGAAUCACGGGGAGUAACUGUGACAAGAGGAAGGGGACACACAGAGAGAGAGAGAGGGAUAUGAGAGUAUAGGAGUCCUGGCUGGACUUUAUCACGUUCGUUUUCGGACUGCACCCACCCGACCGGAUCAAUAAGCACCGAUCAGUAAAGUGGACGCUGAUUAUUAGACUCGGUGGGAACUGUUCUGGGACCGUCCAGGAGAAGCAUGCGGCUCGGUUUACUCUUCAGGUUUUAUGUGCUGUGGGGUUUUGUGGUGGUGAUGUCAUCCGUGACCAAGACUGUUAAAAGGAAGGUGGCAGGCCGACGUUCCAGACAGACGUUUGAGUUGGAGCCAGUGGAGGGGGUGUGGUCUGUCUGGGGGGAGUGGUCAGAAUGUUCUCAGACCUGUGGUAUGGGCGUGUCACAGAGAAGCAGAACGUGUCUGCCUCCACCACCUCCUCAGACCCCUCCCAUCUCCCGCUCUCCCAUUAACUGGGGAGGUUAUCUGCCCAGAGGGGUCGGGGGUCCUGUCGUCUCAGCCAUGCGCCCAUAUUACCCUCCUCGUUACUCUGGGCAACACCCGCUUCAUCACUCCCAGCAGAUCUCAAGCAAUCCCAGCCCAGGAUUACCUCUCUAUCGGAAUUACCCCUCUGGGGAAAGUAGAAGUCCUGUACCAGGACAUGCAAAUCCAUCCCCUCCCUUUUACCAGCCAGACUUUUCUCAGGCUAAUCAAGAGCUUGUAUCUGUUUACCGAUCACCUUACAACUCUCCUGCGCAUGAUUAUAACCAGCCAGCACGGCUCAUUCGAAAACCAACCAAUCCAGGAACAGGGAGAGCUGGAGGAGGAGGAGGAGGAGGGAGCAGAAGAUCCGUCUCCACCAGACGGGAGGGGUUGCCUGCAAGGAGGUCUUCCACCAUCCGUCCAGGUCAGUUUGGUUAUGGCAGGGUUCCAUUUGCUCUGCCAUUACACCGUCCCAAUCGUCAGGCUCGCCACACAGAGAACGGUACCGACGCCGAACCAGCCUUACAGGCACCAGACCUUAACGGCGGUGACGAAGAUGCUGAAAAAAUAAUGCUAGAGGAGGAGGAGACAGGAAGUGAUGGAGAUGCAGAAAUUAGAGUCGAAGAGGAGAACCAAGUUGUGCAGGAGAGCACACCUCCUACUCCUCCUCCUUCUGAGAAGCUGCCCACAACUACCACCACUACCAGGAUGCCACUUCGACACGUGGACAGAGCAUCACAACAAGGAAGAGCGCGAGGGACGCUGCCAUCCACUUUCUCCUCACGCUACUCCACUAGUCGAUCCAACCAUUGGCUGUUUGACUGGCGCACUGCCACUGCACCGCCUCCUCCAAUAUCUCCGCUCUCUCUCCCUAACACCGCUGCCAUCACUUCACAGUUUUCCUCCCCUCUGCAUCACUACAACUCAGUUCACAGGCAGACUGACCUCCAGCCAAACUUCAGCGUCCAGUCACCUCCCUCUGUGCCUAGGUCCCACCAUGGAAACAUCUACUCACUGCAGCAUGCCCACAGCCCACAUAUGGGGGUGGAGUUAGGCAGAGAGGCGGGAAGAGGAUCUCCCCACAAUUACAGGUGUUCUGGGCUGGAGAAGGGGUUCCGCCGGUGCUUCUCACAGCAGUGUGGAGGAAGUACAUCAGACUCCAGAGCCGAACAGUGUGCUGCUUUCAACACCCAGGAGUUCAUGGGUCGACUCUAUAACUGGGAGCCUUUUAAUGAAGUGGGUUUGGAUAAGCAGUGCGAGCUAACCUGCAGACCCGUCGGCUAUCGCUUUUACGUACGCCAGGCCGAGCGUGUGAGAGACGGAACCCCCUGCUUCAACAUCAGCACAAACGAUGUGUGUGUUGAAGGACAUUGUCUGUCGGAGGGUUGUGAUGGGGUCCUUGGGUCAGGUUCUGUGAUUGACAAGUGUGGUGUGUGCGAUGGGAGGGACAGCUCCUGUCGAAAAGUGGUGGGAAGCUUCCAGAAUUCCACCGUGCCGCUUGGUUACCACAGAAUCCUGGACAUCCCAUCUGGAGCUACAUUUAUUAACAUUACAGAGAGACGAGCCAGCCCGAACUACCUGGCCAUGAGGAGUGGCACAGGGGCUUCAGUGGUCAAUGGACGUUGGGCUGUGGACCCUCCAGGGGAAUAUCAUGCAGGGGGGACAACCUUCACUUACAAACGACCUCGAGCACAGGCGGAGGGAGAAGAAAACAAAGGAGAGUCCCUCAGUGCCCCGGGACCCACCACCACACAGCUACAGUUAUAUAUCAUUUUCCACCAGCAGAACCCGGGCAUUGACUAUGAGUUCUACAUCCCUGUGGAAAAGCCAGAAGCAGAGACGGAGUGGCUGACGGACAGAGAGGGGGAGGUGCCCAGGGAGUGGCCACGGGAGCGAGAGGCGCCAAGGGCACCUCUUCGUAGUCCUCUCACUGUGUCCAUGGAAGACCCCCUUCCUGCUUCACCUCCUCUUUCUGUCCCUUCAUUUCCUUCGUCCUCCUCUGUGUUUUCCCCUCCCAUCUCAGACAGAUGGAUACCUGAGAGGUCACGUCCUCGAGGUUCGGCGCCUAAUCGGAAUGCUCGCAUUCCACCUCGCACUGACCUGCCGCUUGACACUCAGCCGCCGUUUGUGUGGAGGAGAGGCGGGUUCACAGAGUGCUCCGCUUCCUGCGGCAAAGGUUUUCAGCAUCGAGUGAUUCUGUGUAUUAACCGCCACACCAACGAGGAAGUCCCUGAGAGGAACUGUGACUCUGCAGCCAAACCCGUCCCCGAGGAGGAGCCUUGUAACACACAUCCCUGCCCACCAUUCUGGGAGGCCAGCGCAUGGUCGGAGUGCAGCGUGUCCUGUGGACCUGGAGUACAGCAGCGGCAGCUGCAGUGCAGGCAGAGCUUUGGGAAUCGCUCUACCAUGGUGCACCCACAGCGCUGUGCCAGCCUCACACCACCAGCGUCUACACAAGCAUGCCAAGUCCAACUCUGCUCCCACUGGGAGAUUAGCUCCGACUGGAGCACAUGCUCAGUGGACUGUGGAGUAGGUAAGAGGAUGAGGAGUGUGCGCUGCAUCAGCGAGCAAGGCAGCGUGAUGAAUGACAAAGAGUGUAACUCCCGGUUGCGACCGCAAGGAAGUGAAGAAUGCAACAUGGGGCCUUGUGUGACCAACUGGUACUUCACUGACUGGUCGAGCACUCAGUGUUCGGCGCAGUGUGGCCCCGGCGUGCAGAAGAGGGAGGUGGUGUGUCUGACCCCAGGAGAAGUCAGAGGAGGGGAAGACUGCACCGGAGAAAAACCAGCAGAGAUGAAAGCGUGUAACGGGGGUCCGUGUGUGGCAACAACCAUGUGGUACAGCAGCCCGUGGACACAGUGCAACGUCCGCUGUGGGAAUGGAACUCAGCGACGAGAAAUCAUCUGUGUGCAAAAGAUGGGAAACGACGUCACUGUCGUAGCCGCCACUGAGUGUGCUCAUCUGGACAAACCCGCCGCAGUGCAGGAGUGCGAGAUGCUCGAGUGUCAACCACAGUGGUUCACGACAGAAUGGAGUGCGUGCUCUCGUUCUUGUGGAAGGGGUUUACAGAUGAGGGAGGUGAGGUGUCUCAGACCUGACAAAAGUCACAGCCCUGAAUGUGACCCCACCACCAAACCUGAACAAGAGCAAAUCUGCAACCCGUUUCCCUGCAGUCUACAAGUCACAGAUGAAAACUGCCGGGACAGACGUCAGAACUGCAUGAUGGUGGUGCAGGCCAGGCUGUGCGUCUACUCCUACUACAAGUCUGCCUGCUGCGUGUCAUGUACCCAGAGUGCUCAACGUGCCAAGAGACACUGAUCAGCCAAUCACAACACAAGGAGUCGAGCAUUAAUUA